AUGACCGUAUUGAUUGUGAUAGUAAAUAAAGUAAUAAUUAAUGGACAGGAUUAUGAAGUUACCGAAAUUCAGUGCACAUUCGCCAUAAGCAAUAGUGUGGGCUCUAGGGAUUCCAUAAUAGCUAAGUUAAGGAAACCAGAUGGCUUCAAAGGACAUCCGCUCUUCGCUGAUGAUCGAGGCGUAGACGCGGAAUCAGAUUCUUCGUGUCAGAUUAGACAGGACCCCAACGACACAACAGGCCUAAAAUAUAUUCUGAAGAUUUUGGAUUUUAGUCGGUGUGGAGUGCUUAAAAGAAAUGGAUUCGUUCAUGUUCGAGUAUGGUUUCCACAAUUUCCAGGUGUGGUAAUGCAAUCAGAUCAAGAACUUAUAAUAAUGUGUAAACCUCCUGAGCCAACUGUGAUAGAGAACAAAGCAGCAGGAUUUGCUGGAAGCUUUCCUCAUGGCGCUCGAGUUUCGGGAGUAGUAGAAGAAACUCCAGGUCGACUGGAAUACGAAGUGGCUCUUUAUAAAGAAGCUCCAGCUGCAAGAAUUAGUAACGUCACAAGCAGCGAACUGCCGGUGGAUCAAGCCGUACCUAUUGGUACAAAAUUACAGCUGAGAGCAAGGAUAAGUCCGGAUUCCGCUUGGAAAUUUGUCAAACUGAUGGAAGUUACGGUUAGCCCGGAUCCAGACGAUCCUCAUAUGGCAGGCAGUGUAGCUUUAGUUAAAGAUGGAUGUAGAAAUAGGGACUUCUCUUCUAUUAUUCCUCACCAACCAGCCCGCUACAGAGAACGACCGAAUGAGGUUUUCUUAGACUUUGAAGCUUUCCUCCUCAGCACCAUGAAAGAACGUUCCACACUCUGGAUACAUUCUCAAAUAAAAGCUUGCAUGGAACCUAUCGACUGUCAACCAGACUUUUGUCUGGAUCUCUUUGAACCAUCUGGACACGGAAGAAAGAAAAGAAGUGCCGAGAUUGUUGAAAUAAUAAGUCCAGUAGACGGCAUGUCACAUGAUCACAAUGCAACGCAAUUUACCAAAAUCAAGGGUAAUCUAGAAUACACAGUGUUAAUGCCUGGUGAAUUUUACCACAAAUCACAAAGUAUAGAAGGCAGUUGUAGUACUUUCUUAAUUGUAGCUGCCAUUUUAGGAGCUUUGUUGUUUUUGUCAGCUUUUGUUAUGUGUUGGUUAGCUACUAAACUACACACAGCUCUUAUUGGAGCUAGCACUGACGGUAAAAAUAUUGAUCAACUCGUAAGAGAUAGAAGAUUCUCUGAUUCUGGAUCUGGAUACACAGGAAGAGCGACAACACAGUGA